AAGCAAAUAACAGCACCGUAUUGUGAAUGCUAAAGACUCGCAUCGACGAGACGAUGGUCACCAGUAAGGUGGAUUCUCAAUCGGUUGUGGCAGUUCCAAAAAUGAAUUCCCUGCGUCCGCGCAAGCCGGUUAGCAGCAAUUCGUCAGGCUUUCGACUCAUGGACGGCGAUCAGCUCGAAAUAAAUUCGAGUGUAAGUCGCAAUUCAAUCUAUAAGCUCAAAAUCGAUCUGAUGUUUGACGAUUCCAGAUCAAUGCGCAGCAAUCGACUUGAUGAUCCCCGCGGGUCCCACCGUACACGUUCCAUCAUCAUGUACGGACGGAGUGAGCUUGCCAGUACUGCGGAAGACAAAAACUGUUCCUUAAGCAGUUUCCUGCAGGAGUCAAACGAGUCGGCAAAAGUGUUGGCGGAAGCAGCGAAGAAGGAUGUGCAGCGUAUCACUAACAGUGUACAAGCACAAAUAGAGCAGCUCUUUACCGAUGUUGCUAAGGACGCCACCAGCAGCUUUGAGGUUACGUGCCUUGGAUCGCUCCCCUUGAAGGACAAAGUGACCAGUUUGCAGGGUUUGCAAGAGCCCCUUAGGCAGUUAUACUUAAAUGACAUUACGAAAAAGAAGCUAAGCUCUGGGUUUUUGGACAUCUGUACCACGGGGCUGCGUGUGAAGCUAACCAGUGUGCCAGGAAACGAUGACAACGAGGCACAUAUUACUCCAUUUCACAACAUUGCCGUUUGGUCGGCAGUAAAGUUUGUUAUUUCCGAGGAAGAUGGAGGAGCGGCCUUCCUUCCACUCAUCACUGAUCCAGAUAAUAUAGACAAGACCGCACUUUUCAAGCCGCUCAGUGCCGCAGAGCAGUUGAUCGUAGAAUUCAGCGUGCACGCACCCAUCUUUGCGGUAGUCAUGAGAGCUACUGGCACGCCAAAGAUAUUAGAGUGCCAUGGCUUCAUUUGCAAAAAUACCGAGGAUGCCAUCGUAAUCGCCGCAACGCUUUAUCAGAGCCUAAUGGCUCACGUCAGCAUAAGUUCGCACCGGAGCACCAAACGCCGAACCCCACGUCAGCAAAACGGCGUCAGUUGCAUCAGCAUUGCUAGCAGCUCUGCCAUGACUAGUUCCAACUAUUUGUCACGAUCUCAGAUAGCACCCAGCGUGGGCGGUCAACAUAGCUCCUUUCGGAGCAGCAGCGGCAGCAUCAUAGGAGCAGCACCCGCACCGCGUUCCGCACGUAGGAAACGGAUUUCGAACAGCUCCCUGAGCUGUAACAGCAACGUGAUUAACGAGGCUGCCGAGACAUCUACAGAGGAGCGCCGACGCAAAUCUCACAAAUCGAGGCGUGCUCCUCCAGUUCCAACCACAAAGCCGGGCUCCAUGUCUGCUUUGGGACUGCCAUUGGGCUACAAGGCCAGCACUCAUGCGAAUCGGUCGAACAACAUCGUCUGCAGCAAUGGACACGUGAGCAUGUGCUACAAUUCUCAUGCAAAGUCUGCCCAUCAGCACCCGAAGAAGCCAGCGGGCAGCGCAUACAUGUCGCAUGGCCUGGUCAAUUCUCUGAAUGGAGAUGCAAACGGCGUCCUACGCAACGAAUCCAAUGGCGACAUUUUGACACGUGUGGCGAUACCUAGGUCCGGAAGCUUCCUAAACACAGGCGGGCUGACCCGGUACAAGUCUCGAGCGGCCCGCCGCAACUCGGGCAAGUUAGGCGGUGGCGGUGGUGGAGGUUCCCCACUUGGUUUCAGCGAACUGUUUAAUGAAUUUCGUCUGCACGAGAACCUGCAUUCCUUAGACGAUAUCCUCUACGCAAUUAUCGACGCGGAUGGCAUGUCAUUUAAUGACCUUAAACCCAUAUACAAGGAGUUCUUGCUGAAGCUUGCGGUUACACUAACACAAGACGAGCUAUUCCAACGCUCCAAGAACAUUAUGCGGCGGCAGAAGAAGAAACAGCAGAAACGCAAGUCCAGUUUAAAUGGCCCUAAGAAGAAAUCGAGGAGCAUCUUUUUCGGCACGAAAAGCAUUAUGAAAGUUUUUCAGCUGGGCCAGUUUCGCUCUUGUCGUGGGAAAGUCUCCAAGUCCACCCGAUCCAAGGAGCAAUCAAACCGCCGCAAGGACAAACCCAUAAUUGGGCCACCCACGACGUGCCAAAGCCCUGACCAGCAGCAACAGCAUCAUCAUCAGCACCAACGAAAUCGCGCAGCGACCAGCGGCUCCGACGUAUCUGUUGUACGCAACGAACAUGCACUUCAAGGCCUGAACCGAAACAGCAGUAGCGGGUACGUCUCGUGCUCCGAGUGUAGCUACGAUUCCGAGACCUGCACCUGCGUCUCAGCCGACCGCUGCUACUGCAGUCUGAGGACCACUCAUACCAACCACAAACUACGGAAUAAGAACGAGCGGGAUAUCUGCAGCUCGCACAAACUCAUUGGCAAGCCCCAAGGUAUUCCCCCCAAUCGUCACUCCCUGAUUUCCUGCAAGUCGGAAGAUAAAUGCUACUGCUCGAUGGUCGAGGAAGAGCCAAACAGCACACUGGAGCACGAUUCGGUUAAUUCACGCGGAGACACUACCACAUCGUGUGACAGCGAUAGCUGCGUUAGUGCCAGCAAGUGUUACUGCAAACGUACUCAGGCCCGCCAGAGAGCAGAAUUGUUAAAGGACUCUGAGCAACGCAAUUUGCAUGCGACUUCGCGGAGAACAACAGAAAAGCUCGGUGUGGACUAUGAAUUAUUUACGAUCGGUGGCAACAGCAAGCCCGUGCAGCCGCAUGAAGCACUCAGUGUGAAGAAGAGCGUGGAGGCAGCUGCGGUCUUUGCCGACAUGAAGUUGAGCCAGACAACAGACAUUAAGAGCCUCUGCCCUCCGGCCGGGAGUGAUGCUGGUAGCAGCAAAUCGAAACCGGAGCCUGCUCGCACAAAUAGCUCUCCUUCCGAAAAGUUGUGCAGCGCCGAUGAUCUGCUUAACAAGCUAAAUGCGAUGGAAAAAUCGGCCAGUGGACCAGCCCUGUCUUUUUCCAGCUCUGCCAGCCGAAGCCGCAUGGGUAGCUAUCAAUCCAUGCGAGUGGUGGGCCACUCCCUUGAGGACUCGCUGGGAUAUUUACCAUAAACAUUUAAAAUAAUAGUUAAAUUAAUUACAGCUUGAGGCGUUUUUUUCAUUUUUAAUUGGCAAACCAUACUACCCCUAGCAGCUUAUGUUUCCCAAGAAAAUUAUGUUACAA